AGAGCCUGGCAACUGCUAAGCUCAGUAAACACAGACAUUCGUAACAUGGGUCGAAAUGAUUCUGUAGCAUGUAAAAGCAGCAGGCGGGGAUGCUGAACGAACACUCAAAUGCAUUCUGAAUUACAGAGAAAUGGUCGCUGAGGAGAGGGGAGCUGGGCCACAAACUGAGCAUUCAUUCAGAGGAACAGUAUCAACUCCACAAUGAAUGAUUUUGUCCUGUCAUUGCUGAGUCGUGGGUAUGGCCAAAUUGUGCCAAAUGAAGACGGUCAUGCCGGAAGACUGGAGGUCUGUUUUGAACCACAGGAUUACUUCAACUGGAAAUCCCAGCCUCCACUGCUGCAUCUUACCAGCAGUGGCCGUAUUUUUGGAGGCCUGGAGCCUGCGCCUCCGAAAACCUACAGUACGAGGAGAGGGCCUCUUAUUCUGUAUUCAGAGGACCUUGCACUGGCAUACCGAUCUUGCCAGGUUAACAGGAAGAGAAAGGCUCUGAGCUGCCCGAAACAGGAAGCUGAGAAACAGCUGCACACACUGCAAGACCUGACUGGAGCCAUUUUGGCUUUUGGCAAAAGGAAGGUUGGAUCUCUUGCCGGUGUAACACACCCCUUGUUGCCAGAUAAACAUGUUACACAGAACAUCAGCAUGCAUCACAGACCUGGAGAGAAAAACUAUAAUUCAAGCCAAGUUAAAGGAGAAAACACUAAUCAGAUCAGAUACCAGCCACGUUUCCUCUGUUCCCCUCGGCCCAACAGGGCAGACCUGGGACCUCUACCACCCAUAUCGGAAGGUUUGGUACAUGUACAACUCCAGGAGAAAGCUCAGGCGCCAUCAGAUGAAGAAAUGACCUUUAAGACCAAAGAACAGAAAGACCAGAAACCGAAAGAGAGGAAAAGACAAGUAAAGAGUCUCCGGAUAGCGACUGACACAUGCAGAGCUAACAUGAGUCCGAUUCCUGAGACAGAACCAGCACAUCAGACUGAAGAUCAAACAGUGACUCCAGCAACCGUAAAAAACACCUCUACAAUACUCCCACAUCUGAUCGACCAUCCCCAGGAUCUAAGCGGCCGUGGGAAGCGCAGCCGGAUGGAGAGUGGAGGUGGUGUUGGAGAGAUGUGCGCUCUGAGGUCAGUGUAUGUGGAUUCGUCUUUGGAGUGCAGCCCACUCUCACGGGUCAACUACUACGGUGGACACAUGGAGGGAUCCCGCCAGAUGAGACAUUGCGGAGGUGAAACUCACAUGAGGAGAGUGAAUAUAGAAACAGAUCCCAGCUUCACCGUUUUCCACUUACCACCCAUUAACCAGAGUUCACUGGUCAACUCAAGCUCUGACAUCACUUUAACAAUGAAUCAAACGGAAAUAAAGGAGAAAAAAAGCAGCUGUGAGAAUUUACCAAAAAGGGACCUACACAUCCAUCUCCCUGACAUCAAAGUGGGAACUACACAUGAAAACCCCUCAGAGAGACGCGUGCACAGCCAAGUGCUGCUGCUUUUCCCUGCACAAACAGAACAAACAGACACCCAUCAGCCAGAUGAUGAACUCCACAGAACCCCUGUAAAGGAGACUGAGCCAUGUGGUGAUUUGGAGCAUGCAGUGGGGAUAGACCAAAGAAAACAGGACCCUCUCUCUGACAGCAAGUGCAGGAUUAUAGAAAUGGACCUUGGACAUGUCAUGUGGUCUGAUGAUCUAGAAAAAGGAGAUCAACAUCCCCCUCUUGGUCCACUGCCCCCCCUGGUGGGCCGGAGGGGUCCAGGUAAACAGAGCUCCAUGGCGGUGUACAGACAGAACCUACAUGACCCUGAAGACACAACAGAAACACAAACAGGAAUCACUAGAGGUUGUCUCCCUCUGGAGCUCAGAGAAUGGCAGGGAGGCCAAGCGGUGGGCACCCUAAUAAUGGGUCCUGAUGGUGAAAUCAUACGCUUGUCUCUCUGGGAUCCCGCAGUUGACACUGAGGACCACCCAAUAAUGGGUGAUGUCACACAAGGUCACGUUCUUAAGGUUGUGACUUCUGAGGGAGAUCUGAAACAGCCUUGGACAGCCUUUACACAGGACCACGACACAGAUGAAGGUCUGUUUGCAGAAGAAGACACCACAAGUAAUACUGAAGAAACUACUUCAAACACAGAACGGCUUGACUCUAGUCAUGAGAAGUUUAAGGUCAAUAAAACUGCAGAGAAAAUGAACGCCAAGAAGAGGCAGCAUCCAUUAGGUUCCCACAAUAAAACAGUUCGGAAGAGGCAGGUGUUUAAGAUCAGCUCUCAUGAAGAAACUAAUGCAGAGGAGGAGGAGGAACAGUUGGAGGAUGAGGAAGAGGAGGAGGAAGAGGAAGAAGAUGAGGAAGAGGAAGAGCAGGAGGAGGUGGAUGAGGAAGAGGAGGAUGAGGACGAGAACGAAGAAAAUGGCUCUGACAAUAAACCUGUUAAUAAAGCACGGGUGUUUAGGGUGAAAGCUCAUGCACAUCAGAACAAUGCAGAGGACGAUUUCAGCUCUGACUGUCAGAGAAUACAGAAAGAAAGAGUGAUUAAGCUCAGAUUACAUGCAGAGCAGACUAAAGCCAAGAGGAAGAAAAUUCAUUUAGGUGCUGACAAUCAAAUAAUCCAGGAUGAACAGGUUUUUAAGGUCAGAUCUCGUGCAAAGCAGACUAAUGCCAAGAAGGAUGAUUGUUUAGGCGCUGACAGUGAAAUCAUCCAGGAGGAAAAGGUGUUUAAGGUCAGAUCGCGUGCAAAGCAGACUAAUGCCAAGAGGAAGGAUGACUGCUUGGGUGCUGACAGUGAAAUAAUACAUGAGACACAGACAUUUAAGGAGAGAUCCCAUGCAAAGCGGACUAAAGCCAAGAGGAAGGAGGAUUGCUUCGGCUCUGACAGUGAAAUAAUUCAGGAUGAACAGAUCUAUUUACCUGAGGAGAGAUUAGAGGAAAUGAGCAGCUCCACGACUCCCCAGCUCAACAAAACCGGGGAGGAGGCCACUAAAAGAAACCGUAAAGUAAAGGCGACAACUUUACAGCCGGAAACAAAGGUGACACGGGGGUCAAGGAGGUCCAAAGGUGUUGCGCCUGCUAUCAGCCCUAAAUCAACACAUCUCUCUCCCAGAGCACAUUCACCGGACUCUUUGUCUCCUGAAGGACAGGCAGAAAUCCCGACAGGAUUACCAACGGAGGCAGAAAAAGGUCAUUCUGAAAACACAGUUGGAAGAGAAUAUGCAGAACAUAUGCUGGUGGAGGAAGUGAAGAAAAAUAAAAAGUCUAAUAAGCACACAGGCAAAUCAAAAGGGAAGAGUGUUCAAAUUCAUGAAGACAUUGAGACCCGGAAUACCAGUGUUCCUGAUGAUCCCACUCCUACUUCAAAGAAAGUGGGUUACAUACUAGUCCACAUGCUCAUAUUGAUUUUAUAUGCCUUAUAUUUGUUACAAUAUUCUCUCAAUCUGCAGAAGAAAAAGAAAACAGGAAGAGAGAAAAAAGAAGAGACUAAAGAAGAAAAGGAAGAGCCUACAAAAAAAGCCCAGAAUUUGACAGUUAAAGUUAAAAAGAAAAAGGGUCAACCAGCAUUUGUUGUAGGAAAACCUCGGCCACAGGAUGUUGAACGGAUGGCAUAUCCAGUGGAUGAGCCUGAGAGACUGAUGACCCACGAGAGAGAGGUGACGACUCACGACUCAGAGGACGAACUAGAAAACACUGAGAACACUCCAGAACACACCUACACUGACUCUGAAGAUGACAGGGACGCUGAUACAGACCCAGAGAGUACAGACACACAUGAAGCACACCAAGUCUCUCCCGGAUCAGUUUACAGCACUCACAGAUCCCAGCACUCACUCAUUACAGCUCGUUCAGAUGCCAGCAUUCACAGACUCUCACAGAGCUCCGUCAGAACCCCCUCAAUGGGCAUGGCGUCCCACUGCGGCCCGUGCAGCCCAGCACCCCUGUCUCUCAUCUGCCUGCCUCCUCAGUCAGCAACACCUCCUGCCUCAGACCCUACUGGAUCUGAGCCAGGCAAUCAUGUUAAAAGCAACGAGGUUCCACCUAACCAAACCGACAAAAAAGCUGCAGCAUUGGCUGAAAAGGCAGAGCGCCGUCGUCUGGAGGUGGAGAAGAAACGGAAGGAGAGAGAGGAGGAAAAGAAGAGACAGCAAGAAAAGGAGGUGACAGAAGAGAGGAUGAGGCUGGAACUGGAAGAAGAACAAAGGAAACGAGCAGAGGAAGCGAGGUUACAGAAGAUCAGAGAAGAAGAUGAGAGACAAAGAAGACAGGAGGAAGAGAUGGAGAGACAGAGGAGAGAGCGGGCAGAGAAGGACAGAGAAAGAAGACAACAGGAGGAGAAGAGGAGGCUGCUGGAACGGCUCCAGAGAGAAAGACAGGAAGAGGAGAAACGGCAGGCUGCUCAGCUGGAACGUCGGCGUUUGGAAGAGGAAGCUCGCAAGGAGGAGGAGCUGAGGAAGCUGUCAGAGAUGGAGGAGGCUGAGAGACUGGAGUACCUGCGCAGACAGCAGGAAGAGGAGGAGGAGAGGAGGAAAGCUGCUGAGGAGAGGAGGAGGAGGGAGGAGGAAGCAGCCAUGCAUGCUGAAGAACAGGCCAGACUGCAGGCUGAACUGUUUGUCAGGCAGAGGGCAGCACUGGAGCAGCACUUAAAGUUUCAGAGGGGUCUUUUUGUGGAGGCUGAAGGCCUGGAGCAGACACAGGAUAUAUCUCGGCCCUGGAUUUUCUCCUAUUUCGCCCUGUUGAAGCUGCUGGGCUUGGAUGACGCUGCAUCUGAGGACACACUCAAAGAUGUGCUGUAAUUCCUUCAUUUGAGUUCAUGCAGUAAAUUCUCUAACCCAGCGCUUACAGCUAGUAUUUUGAGUUAUGUGCAAUUUUCUCAGUAGGUGGACAAUCUGUGUCACAUGUGAAUCAGCUAAAAUGCUGGAUCGCUCACAUAUUCUCAGAUGUCUAACUCUGUCAUUUCAACAUAUCAGCACUUUUGAAUUCUAGACCUGAAAAAGUAAUUCAAAAUAAUAAAAUAUUAAAACACCCUGGGCAUUUUCGUAAAGAAUAUAUAUAUUUUUCUACAUAUGCCAAGCGCUAAAACUCAUUCAAAUGUUGUUGUGGACAAUGAAUGAGUGUGAGUCAAAUGAGGGUCAAAGAGGUUGAGAAGCACUGGCAAAGAGUGAGCAGCGCCCUCUGCUGUCCACAUCAGGACAUCUUUAGUCACAAGAUGACAUAUUUCAGGUAUAUGCUCUUAUGAUUAUUAUUAUUAUUAAAGUUCAUUUUAAACUAUAAUAGAAUUCAAGUAUAUGAACGAUCGCAACAUGCACAGCAUCAGCAUCUCUAGGGUUAAAGGACAAGCAGGUACAUAGGGCAACCAUUCUUUGUAAGUUAAUGAAAAUAGUGUGGAAAACUUGAUACAAAAGUUGCAUAAUAGCAGAAUUCAUCUGUGUCAUUGUGUAACAGAUAAUAAUAUUGUCUGCUGGGUCUUACAGAUUUGGAAUGACAUGAGGGUAAAGAGAGUAAAUAAUGACAGGAUUGUCAUUUUUGGGUGAACUAACCCUUUUAACCCAUGGGUCAGAUUUUUAGUCCCUGUUGGAAGAUGCCAUCAAUUUCUCAAUUGAAAAGUAGCUAGUCGAUGCCACUGAUAGAUCAGUGGUCUAUGCUGACAAAAAAGACGUAUGACAAAUGAAUAUAGUCUGCAUGUUUAAUAUCCUCUAAUUGAAUGGAUUCACACUCUGAAGCUAAAAUACACUAUGGGAUUUUAUUGUGAAAUCUGUCAAUUCCGACUGCCCAAAAUAUGUCAACAGUAUUUUACAGUCCACAAUAGCAGGAGUCAAAGUCUCCGUAAGCAGGGUAUUAGCAUCUGCUUUCCACUGCAAGGAAAAAAAAAGAAUAGAAAGAAAAACAGAAAAAAAGGCUUACUACAAAAAAACAGCUGGCAUAUUUUUGAUUAUCAGUCAUAAAUGUAUGCCCCUUUCUAUAAUUGUGAGCUUCAUCUUUCAAAAUAGAUGUAUAGACAGUUAAUAACGUCCAUAGUUUUACCAUCAAGCCCAAAAGGGGAAUAGAGUGGUGUUAAAGACACAGUGAUGAAGGUCGUCUCUCUCUCUCUCUCUCUCACGGUGCGCAAACACGCUUUUAAACAGUAAAUAGCAAAAACGUAAACUAAUAACAAAACAUACUUCCAGUAGCUGAUUCAAAAGCGCCAGAUUGUUGUAUCAAAGUUAUAAUGACCUCCUCUCCUAGAUUCACGAAACGGUCGUCCUUAAAAUGCGUUGCUGUUCUGUUGUAAGAUACAAACAGCAUCUCCCUGACACGGCUGCUUCAACACGAACUGCGUUACUAAAACCACGCCUUCUUUCUUUGUGUGAACAUUUGUUUGGUCAGCAUUACGCA